AUGGCUGUUUCCGACCACAAUCUUGACAAUAGCAUACCUGCAGCUCACAUGUCCAGGCCAAACAACGUGAACACAAUGCACUGGCAAGCCACAACCGAACCCAGUUUCAUAACGAAGCCGCGCCCAAAUUGGGAGAAACCCGGCAAACCAAAACCAACCAAGAAGUUCACAACGACGACGAGUAAACCUCACAAAAGUUACUUGAAGCCGAAAGAACCGAUAUUGAAUAUUAUCAAUAAGACAGACGAAACCACGGCUCCAACUAUACAUACUACAGCUGCGACAAAUAGUGUCGAAUGUGGAGUAACGGCAAUGUGGCCGCGUCCAGACUCCCGUAUCAUGGGAGGAAAGGAUUCGAGUUUCGGUAGAUGGCCGUGGCAGGUCUCUGUCCGCAGAAACUCAUUCUUUGGGUUCUCAUCAACACAUCGAUGUGGUGGAGCUAUUAUCAAUGAAGGCUGGAUAGCGACAGCUGGACAUUGUGUCGAUGAUCUGCUUACAUCAGCUAUACGUAUUCGCGUAGGAGAAUUUGACUUCUCCUCUGUCUCGGAGCAGUACCCCUACGUCGAGCGUGGUGUUGCAAGAAAAGCGGUCCAUCCAAAGUAUAACUUUUUCACUUACGAGUACGAUCUAGCUUUGGUGAAACUAGACUCGCCAGUACAGUUUGCGCCGCAUAUAUCCCCCAUAUGCCUCCCAGCCACUGACGACUUACUCGUUGGGGAGGCUGCGACUGUCACUGGUUGGGGAAGACUAUCGGAAGGAGGAGUUUUACCAUCUAUUUUACAAGAGGUGCAGGUACCAAUCGUAUCAAAUGAGCGUUGUAAAUCAAUGUUCCUGCGCGCUGGGCGGCAUGAGUUCAUUCCCGAUAUUUUCCUGUGCGCCGGGCACGAGACCGGGGGUCACGACUCUUGCCAGGGCGACUCGGGUGGCCCACUACAGGUGAAAGGAAAGGAUCAGAGGUACUUCUUAGCGGGCAUCAUAAGCUGGGGCAUAGGGUGUGGAGAAGCGAACCUACCAGGCGUCUGUACAAGGAUAUCUAAAUUCGUACCCUGGAUUCUGCAGACUGUCAAUUCGUAA